AUGUCUAUCGUUAUUUAUGAUCCACGUCUUUCGUUCCCUGAAGUUACGAUCUGUAACUUAAAUCCAUUGAAUAUGUCUAAAGUGAGAGAAAUGCACAUUUCCAGUUCAAACUUGAAUUAUAUUCUAAAAUACUUCAAUGAAAUCACGAAAUCUCAGUACUCUGCAAAUAAAAUUCAAGAUGAGAAAUUCAAAAAUUAUCUGUCACAGUAUAAAAACGCAACCGGGAAUAAUUUCGAUGUUCAGGAUUUUUUGAAAACUGUCAGUAAAACUUGCCAAGAAACAUUUGUGUCGUGUAGUUUUGGAAAAGAGAAAAUGGAGAACUGCUGUGAGCACGUGAGAACAGAAAUGACAGAAACUGGAAUAUGUUUCAGACUUUCUAACAAGAACAAUGCAUACCGACAGUGGUACAGUGGAAAUGGUUUCGGUUGGGAGUUUGUGUUAAAUGGGAACAAUGAUGUUAAUGAAGAUUAUGAGCAGCUAGAUGUAGAGUUUGAACGAGGUUUUGUCAUAAUGGUCCAUGAAUCUGACAAGUAUCCCAGAAUCAACUCAUAUGGUUUUGCGGUAUCACCAAAUUCCCAAUUACAUGCAGCGAUCGCAAUGAAAAACAUUUCCCUGCUAGACAAGGCUAACUGGGGCUCGUGUUCCAAAGGAUGGUCGCACAAUGAGACAACAGAUUUUACAUACACUGCAAACCAUUGUGAAAUAGAUUGCAAAUUGAGAAAAGUUCAAGAAGAAUGUGGUUGCUCUCCAUUGGCGUACUCGGCUAGGCACAGCGAUUUGUAUAGCAGCAGGGUGUGUACCCCAUAUGAAAUUUCACAAUGCUUCCAGAAACUACGGGGUACCCAUGGUCUCUGGGAGGACGGAUGUGACUGCCCCAGUGAAUGCAAUCUUUUGGAAUUCGAUGUCACUAACAGCUACUCUGACUUAGAUGGAAGAAGUAGAGGGUUUAGUAGUCACCAAGUACAAACCGACAUUUCUCACGUGAGCCUUUAUUUCUCUCGAGUCGCUUAUGAGAGAAUCGAGCAACAAAAACAAUUGCAAACCGCCGAUUUGUUGUCAAAUAUUGCAGGAUCUAUGGGAUUGUUCUUAGGAAUGAGUACAGUCACCCUUCUUGAAAUAUUUAUUUACCUUUUCAAAUCUGUUUGGGGAACUGUUAACUCGACGAGACAGCAGCAAUUUGUGGAUGCUGUUGCAGAGGAAGAAAAAGAAAGGGCUCAAAGUAUUGUUAUCAUUCAAAAUGGUGGGAACGAUGAAGAUCCGAAAGCACCCCGAUUCCCUGGUGGCGACCGCAAAAUGUCUGGUAAUUCUAUUCAUAUCCAUUUGGACAGAAGGAACAGUCGCAUGCUGCGAGGAGGAGAUUUGUUCUCAGCACCCCGUGGAUCUGUUAGUAUACCUUCUCAACUAUUAUCUCCUCUGUCAAAGCAUAACAGACAAUCGAUAAGUUAUGGUCAAUUGGGACGCAAGGUUUCUGCAAUGGGCUUAUCCUUGCCUCAAGCUCAAGACAACGUUGAAAGUGGAACUGGUCCACACCCACCGAAAUCGCCGAUCCGAAGAUGCAGCACUUCUACUACACCAAACAUGCUUACACGAAAACUAAGCUUUGCCAGUCAACACUCGGAUCCAGCACAGCCGGUACAUUUGUCAAGAAAAGUCUCCACAUCCUCAAUUUUUAAAUCCCAACUUAUCUGA